ACCGCCCUUCCUCCUUCAGCCUGCCUAGCUCCUCCUGCUCAAGAUGUCGUCCAGCGAUAAGAACGGGGGCAGCCGCUCCAGCAGCAGCAGUAGCCGCCUGCAGAGCAAGAAGCCUCCCAACCUCUCCAUCACGAUUCCACCAGUGCCCACAGAAGAUGACAGCAGCCUGAAAGUGCCUCUCAAAGUCCCAGUGUAUCAGAAGAGCGUGAGCCUGCAAGAACCCAGAGGGAGGAGAGAUGACAGUCCCUUAGAGAGACAGCCUGGCUUCCGCAGACAGACCUCCCUGUCACAGAGCAUUCGCAAGGGGACGGCGGAUUGGUUUGGUGUCAGCAGCGACUGGGAAGGAAAGCGACAACACUGGCAACGCAAGAGCCUGCAGCACUGCAGCCUGAGGUAUGGCAAGCUCAAGGCCCCUUACCGCGACUUGGAGCUCCCCAGCCAGGAGGUGCCCUCCUUCCAAGGCACCGAGUCACCAAAGCCAUCCAAGAUGCCCAAGAUUGUAGACCCCUUGGCCAGGGGCCGUCCGUUUCGGCAUCCAGAUGAAGUUGAUCGUCCUCGGACCCCUCACCCGGUUCUACCACCCUUGACCCCAGGAGUCAUCUCUUUGGCAUCAUUCAACAGUGUGCGGUCGGGCUAUGCGCGUUUGCCCCGAAGAAAGAGGCAAUCUGUCGCCCGUAUGAGCUUCAGGGCAGCUGCAGCUCUAAUUAAAGGGCGUUCUGCAUUGGAGCCCUUGGCACCAAAACAAAGAACUACCAAACGGAGCUUCAUGUAUCCCAGCUUCCUGGAUGACGAUGCAGCGGAUGCAGCAGACACACUGGACUCCUCCUUCUUCAGUAAGAUGGAGAUGCACGAUGAGAUGUAUUCAAUGCCAGAUGACGUCUUUGAGUCGCCACCCCUCUCGGCCACCUACUUGCGAAUGCAGCAUUUGGGAGAAGAAGCCCGAUCCCUCGAGGCGGAGCAGCCAUUUCAGAAGGAAGGUGUGAAGGUCUGGGGGCCAACUGCUAGUGAGGCCAAAAGGGGCAAACGGAUUGCUUCCAAAGUGAAACACUUCGCCUUCGACCGCAAGAAGCGAUACUACGGGCUGGGGGUGGUCGGCAAGUGGCUGAACAGGACGUAUCGCCGCAGCCUCAGCAGCAUGGUGCAGUCUCAGCUGGAGAACACUGACAGUCAUAGGCCGUACUUCACUUAUUGGAUCACCUUUGUGCAUAUCAUCAUCACCCUGCUGGUUAUAUGUACCUAUGGGAUUGCGCCCAUUGGCUUCGCCCAGCAUGUGAAGACAGAGUUAGUGCUGAGAAACAAAGGGGUGUACGAGAGCGUGAAGUACAUUCAGCAGGAGAACUUCUGGAUCGGCCCAAGCUCGAUUGACCUGAUUCACCUGGGAGCCAAGUUCUCCCCAUGUAUCCGGAAGGACCACCAGGUGGAGAAGCUUGUUCAGCGUGAGAGGGACCGCGAGCACAACUCAGGCUGCUGCAUCCAAAAUGACAACUCGGGCUGCAUCCAGACCCUGCGGGAGGAUUGCUCAGAGACACUGGCGACUUUCAUAAAGUGGCCAGAUGCCAACCCUCCAGCCAUUACCAGCAACUCCAGCCAGAAGCGAACAUCGGGGGCUGUGUGCCAUCAGGACCCCAGGACAUGUGAGGAGCCAGCAUCCAACCCCCCUCACAUCUGGCCGGACGACAUUACCAAGUGGCCGAUUUGUACCUAUCAGAUCAAAACCAACUAUACUGGCUUUCUGCACAUGGACUGUGAAAUCAAAGGCAGGCCCUGCUGCAUUGGCACCAAAGGCAGCUGCGAGAUCACAACACGGGAAUACUGCGAGUUCAUGCACGGCUACUUCCACGAAGAGGCAACUCUUUGCUCACAGGUCCACUGUCUGGAUAAGGUGUGUGGCCUUCUGCCCUUCUUGAACCCAGAAAUCCCUGACCAGUUCUACAGACUCUGGCUGUCCCUGUUCCUGCAUGCAGGGAUUGUCCACUGCCUGGUGUCGGUGAUUUUCCAGAUGACUGUACUCAGGGACCUGGAGAAGCUGGCGGGCUGGCACAGGAUCUCCAUCAUUUUCAUCCUCAGUGGUAUCACAGGCAACCUGGCUAGUGCCCUCUUCCUUCCGUACCGGGCAGAGGUUGGCCCAGCAGGAUCCCAGUUUGGUUUGCUAGCUUGCCUCUUCGUAGAGCUCUUCCAGAGCUGGCAGGUCCUGGAGAAGCCUUGGAAAGCUUUUCUGAACCUCUCUGGGAUUGUCCUCUUUCUCUUUGUUUGUGGUCUCCUGCCCUGGAUAGACAACAUCGCACACAUAUUUGGCUUCCUCAGUGGCCUCCUGCUGUCCUUCGCCUUCCUCCCCUACAUCACCUUCGGCACCAUGGACAAGUACCGCAAGCGGGUCAUGAUCAUCGUCUCCCUGGUGGUGUUCACAGGGCUUUUUGCCUCCUUGGUUGUCUGGCUCUAUGUGUACCCCAUCAACUGGCACUGGAUUGAGCAUCUCACCUGCCUGCCCUUCACCAGCAAGUUCUGUGAGAAGUACGACCUGGACCAGGUGUUGCAUUGACCCCUAGGAUGGGGCAGAGAUUUCUUUUUUAACAGGAAAUUUGGAACCAAGUGGAUUUUAAUAGUGACUGGGUUGCAACUUCAGGUCAGAAUAUGACUAACAUGGAAAGAGCGGUGCCUCCAAGUGCCCCGGCCUUCCUGCCUGCCAUAUGGAACUGCAAGACAUUUGCUUCUGGUACAGGACUCCCUUGGAGCUUGACCUGUCCCUUAGCAGUUGUACAGACUGCCAGGCAGGUGCUGUUAUUCUGAUGGGGUGGGAAGGCAGGGAAGUGGGGCUGUGCUUCUGGUUAAAAUGCUGGAGGUAGGGAGGGGUGGAUCUGCACCUGUUCAGAACCACGUGGGACAUCCAGCACCAAAAAGCCAUAAUCAGCAGGCCUGGAGCCCAGCCUGUCUGCUGGAGGGUUGAGAGUAGCUGGGGUGCAUUUUGGUGCUUUUGUUCCCAAGUGGGGAAAUACCUUGUGCCCCAGACUCUGCUUUCAGUCAUGGGAGAUUUGCCCCUGAGGACUACUAUGUAGAACAGCCCUAACCAGCUCUUCUGAUUCCCCCCUCCCCCCAACACCCCUGGUGGAGGUUUCAGUGAUGGAUCCUUCUGGCAUGGACCUGCUGGAUCCUUCCUCCUGAAACUGAAUCCCCAAGGCAGAGGUGAUUCAGGGCUGGCUUUGAAAGCACCUUUCUGACCAGAUGUCCAUAUCUGGGCCUUCAGCAAACUGCCUUUUUUUUUAAUCUGCUGCAUGUUUGGCCCUGGUCUCCUUGUCCUGCAGUCCUCUCCUCCUCUUAGUUUUUCUCAUGCCUCAUGGCAUGAGAUAGGAGCUCCAGAAUUUGUAGCAGCAUACCCUGCCGCAGUGCCUUGCAGGUACUGUGAAUCGUACUGUGAACUCUUCGCCCCAUUUUGCAGGGGGUACUUUUUAUAUGCAGAUAUUUUUCUUACAUCAUAACACUUUAGGGGAAAACAGCAGUGAUCAGCCAUAAUGCCUGAACUUGCUGCUCUCUUGGGUACAAGACUGGGAAUUCUCGCGUGGCCUUUAGGAAUAGGAGUCGCUGUUCUAGCAGCCCCGUUGGAGGAACAAAGCUGUUGCACGAUUCUAGGGGUCGGCGUUUUAGUGACACGUUGCAAGCUGACGCAGAGUCAGUCUGAAGAGCUCUGCUUCCCCCUUUUGAAUAGGGUCUUAGAAACCAGAUUGUGGGAUGGCUGUUCCUAUCGCAGGAAACUCUAAUUUAA